GGAUCCAUCUACCUGAUGAUGGCAAGGGAUGGUGUGACCUUCCUGUGUGGAAUCCCGGGAAUACAGAGGACGGGGACAUCUCUCUGCUGGGUUCCCAUUACUGGAUCCAUCUACCUGAUGAUGAAUGAUACAAAACUUGACUAAAAUGUAGACAAUAAUAUAUGGAGACUACCUAGAAGAAUACAUGUUCAAUUAGAGUUUUGAUUACUUCUAAGGUCCAGAUUCUUUACUCCACCUACCUGAUGAUGGUGGGGGAUGGUGUGACCUUCCUGUGUGGAAUCCCGGGAAUACAGAAGACGGGGACAUCUCUCUGGUGGGUUCC